CCUCCAGUUUCCAGGUUCGGCCCCGGGGCGGCACCGCGACGGGCGGGGUGGCACCGCUGCGAGCGGAGCGGAGCGGAGCGCUGCCACCAUGUUGUGCGGGGGCACCUCCAAGACCCGGCCCGCCACCAGCGAGACGCAGCAGAUCGCGGACGAGGUGAAGCCUCAGCUAGAAGAGAAAGAAGGGAAAACCUUUGAUGUCUUCACUGCGGUGGAGUUCAAAACUCAGGUGGUGGCUGGAACAAACUACUUCAUCAAGGUCCAUGUUGGCAAUGAUGAGUUCAUGCACCUGCGGGUGUUCAGAAGCCUUCCUCACGAGGACAAGCCACUGAGCCUUCAUGGAUACCAGAGCAGCAAGACCAAGCAUGAUGAACUGGCCUAUUUCUAGCAAAUCUACCUUGUGCAUUUUCCUAACAAUUUCUUAUAUAUAUUUUCUGUAGGCUGCGAAAUGUUGACUCCUGUGCCAACAAAGAAAACUUUUUUUUUUAAACUUAAUGCUGGAAAGAAAAUCCAUUUUUUUUUCUUAUGCCGUUCCCUUACUGUGCAAUAUCUAAAUGAAUCACAUAGCUCUCCUUUCACCUUUUCCUAAUGCAAACCUGAGUAACUGCACUGAUUGUGGUGUAGCUUAAUACUGUGGUGUGCUUGCAGUCUUCCCUGAUCUGGAAACUGCAGGGGGGUGACACCAGCACUCAAGUAUUUGCAGCAAAGAGCAAGAGGAAAACCUGAAUCUUUAUGUGCUGUUUUGCAGCUGUGAGUAUAUCUGUAGAUUUAAAUUGUAUUAUGUUUUUUAUUGGCAAAGACCUGAAGCAAGAGAGGCGGAGUGCAGUCUUUUGUAAGAAACAUUCCCUUGGUAGUCAUGCUUAUCCUCUUGCCAGCAGUGGGAUGUAAUGUCCAGUAGAGGAUGUACGAGUUUUGUUUUGUUUAAUUGCUUACUUUCUGAGUGCUGUGGAAAAAUACUGGAAAGGAAUUUCAGCAGGACAAGCAUUUCUGCAUUUUUGACAAUAAAUAUUUAUCUCAAAUUUA